AAUCAAGGAUUAAUUAAAUUCAGCGAUUAAAAAAAGGAAUAAAAUAAAAUAAAUGUGUCGUGCGAGAUUGGUUGGUUGAAUUAAAAUUAAACUAAUGCGAAUGAACGAUUAAAAUAAAAGAUUGUGUUCUCUCUGAUUAACGACGAAGGGAACAGGGAUUGAUUCCGGGGUAAUCAGAUUUCUGGCAGAUCAGGCCUAAUUACAUGAAAUUAAUUUAAUUGAGCCUAGCUAAUCAAUACUAAGUUCUUACCGCUCUCGCGGCGUAGAGUACAAUAAUUUAGGGGACCAGGCUGAUCUCUCUUGCGACAGGAUCCUAAAUUAUUGCCAAGACGAACGAGCUUACGGCCCCUUAAUCGCUACUAAUCUCUUAGCAAACGAUUAAGUGUGUGUGAAUGUGUCCUAGAAUAAACUAGAUCUCUCUUAAUUUAUUCUAUGUGCAAUUGUAAUUCUAGCCGCGGUUCCAGGUUACAAAAAAUAUCAGUUAAAUUAUUCAAACACAAAUUAAACGGCAUUCAUGCAAUUAAAAUGAAAAGAAUCUAGCCAUCAAUCAUGAUUAACCCCUUCAUCAAUCCCAAAUCCCUAAUUAAACUACUCACAAUUCAUAAUUGAAGAAUCGACAGAAUUGGGAAGAAUAGAAUAAAUUGUCAUUAAUUAAAAAGAUGAACUUACAAAUAAUCCCAGGAUCUUGGAAGAAAAUAGCGUAAAAACGGUGUUAAAUUCGUCCCUAGGCCUCUCCGUAAUGUUCGUGACCACUAAAAAGGGUUAGGGAGGCCUUAUUUAUAGAAAAGAGGGGGAAAAUCACAAUUCUGGUCGAUGUGGGAGAUUUCCGCGCGUAACUCGGGGCUACGCACGAUCGUGCGUCCAUGGCUACACACGAUCGUGCGUAGCAGGCAGUAGCUCCUCCACGGUUUUGGCUCUUACGCACGAUCGUGCGUCCGUGUUCUUCAGACUUUUCUCUAGUCCGAAUUUGACAAAACUUCCUUCAUGAAAGUUUUAGAUAAUUAAGUCAUCUAUCCACCCCAACUUGCCGAAUGUGAUUUGAAUCAUCUAAUCAAGAGGUAUGAUCAAAACGGUGGAAGGUGUCAUUCUGAAAUCGUAGCAGAGAUCAUCUGACUUCGUCAUCUGUUUUCACCUUCUUUCUCUCCUAUUCUCAUAACGGUGUCUUCAUAUGAUUUAUAGACCUUGAAGUUGUCUUUCAUAUACAACUUGAAUCAUGUCCAUUAGUUGUUUCUACAAAGAGAUAUUCUUGAAUGAUUGACAGAAGGUCAUCCUGAUCGUCGUUUUCAAGCUUCAUUCAUCUUCUUUUGAUCCCGAAGCCAAUCCUUGAGCUCUUUUGUCAUCAAAUCUUCAUCGUAAACCUCCCGCUGACCUCCAUAGCUCUCAAAUCAAUAUCAAAUGCUUUUCAACUCAUCCCGAUUUCUCCUCAAGCGCCAGUGCCGAACUCUAAAAUCCUGAUUUUGACUCCAAAUGACACAAAACUCGAACCAACGCCCGGUAAACAUAACUUGAGCUAAAAUUGAGACUUGCAACACCUUAAAGCUAGGAAAACUAUCAAAAUGCAACCCCAACACGCAUCAAAUGCGUGUUGUAAUAUGUAAUUAUCAGAUUCCCCCACACUUAAGCUUUUUCUUGUCCUCAAGCAAACAGAACAACGGGACUUACGAUAAUCACCACACAGAUUCAAAAUAGUUAGCAGGCACACGUAGCUAAAGGAAUAUUCACAGAACAGACAAUCUAAACCUAGAAAAUUCUUCCCUAAACUACAUCUUUGUACUCAAUCUAACUAUUUGACAAAAUUAUUCACAACAUCCUUAAAGUAAUGACAGCAUACACAAAUAAACUAGCUAUUGAUCAGAAGGACUUGUGAAGGUGAUGGUGGAUGGUGGAUGGUAAUAAAUAGUCCCUUUCUUUUGAGAGAUUUGGAAAUUCAAACAAAGACUCAAUGCAUUCAGGAACUUCAGGGCUAUUCUUAGGAUCAAGGAACUCAGUAGGCCACAAUUUAGGAACAAUCAACUAAACCUAUGCAAAGAGUAGACAUGGUGUACAACUAAGCUAAACCGCCGCGGCACGUUGGUGCUUUGACGUAUACUUGAAGUACGCGGAGAACUAAAGCUAAUUUUCAAUAGCCUCCAAGUUUAUUAAUUAUGUUUAGUUUUCCUUGUCAUGUUGGCACGAGAACGCCAUUUCUUCCGAAAGAUACCCAAGUCUCAUCUUAUUGUGCAAAACACUUACGCUUUUUGACCCGGGCUCCCAUUCUCUUUUUCGCAAGGUAAGAGGUCUAGCUAUAUUAAUUUUUCACCUUUCGGAUUCUUACUUAGACAUUACCCCAUUCUAAUCUCGGCCUCACCAAGGAAAAAUAGCAGUUAAAGUUCAUUUGUUUUAGAAGUGAAUCCAUGCCUACAAUGCAAUCCUCGAAAAUAUCAAGAUCCUAAAAAGUGACUGCUCUUACCCCAUUUGGGGCAUAGGAACAGUGCCAAAAUUGGCUCCUACACAAAAUUCCAUAAACUUAGAAAAUUCACUCCCUAGUUCCCUAAACAUGAAGACUACGUCAGAAAUAUUCACGGGUAAGAAAACAGGCCAUUUGGCUAUGGAGCUCAAUUAAUUGGGUAGACAAGGAAUAGUCAGGCUCAAAAUGGCUUCUCCUAAAGGACUUUUUCAGGUGGGAUGGAAAAUUUAUGAAUUCAUUCAAUGGGUGACUAAUGCCUUCAUCCUUUCAACAACUAGAUUAUAGUGCAAGCAAUUUAAGCCUAAACACUUCAAGGACAUUUUAAAAGCAUAGUCAAAACGCUAAGCAGCUCACAAAGACACAGUUUAAAGAAACAAAUUCAAAAAUUUUGACAUGACUUUUCUAUGAAUAUACAACUAACACCUGCGCAUGCUAACUCUAAAAAAUCCCAUGUAACAACUACUGCCCGAAUGCCUAAUUCACUCCCCCACACUUAAACUUUGGCAUCGCCCUCGAUGACCAAAAAUGCACUAUGCACAAAGGGGUAAAGAGGAAAGGGUCACGCGUGCUCAACUUCAACUCAAGUCAACAAUUAACACAUGCGAGUAAGAGUAAUAGGAACUUCCCUAAGGCGUUGGUUGGUGCAGAAUUAAACUGAGUCAAUGUAAACUGUGGCGCAUCAUCCAGAAAAGACCUGAGCUACAAAACAAACACAGAAACACAAAAAAACACACAAAACAAAAACAAAAAACAUGCAGAAAACAAAAGUGCAGAAAUAAGCUUGGGUUGCCUCCCAAGAAGCGCUAUUUUUAACGUCGUUUGCCCGACGAUACCUCGUAAGCUUUCAAAUAGCACAGACUGUAGUGGGGCACUAAUUUUCAAAGUAUCCAGCUUUCUCUCAACAAAUGCCCUUAGGUGGCGCAAAUUCUUAAACUCUUGAAACCAUGUAGGAAUCACAUGGUCUUCAAAAAACUUAUCAGCACAGAACUGGAGGAUCAACCUCACAUCCUCCUUGAGUGGACAUAAAACAUGAGUCAAAAAUUUGAUUACUCCAGGCUCAAAAGAUGUUUCGAUGCAAGGAUCUGUAGCAACAUCAAACUCGAAGUGCAACAUAGAAAAGUAUUUUUCUUCCUCACAAUUAUACUGAAAAUUCACAGCAUCUCCUCCGGACUCCAUAUCACUCCCCAUGUGAGCAUCCCAACUCUCGGUAACACCGUUCUUAUCAAUGUCGUCUUGGAAAGUGUUGUUACUCUCGCCCCCACUCUCUUGGAACGUGUGAUCAUCAUUUUCAAACUCAUCUUCAAUACCCAAACCUAGCUCAGUAGCACCAUCAUCAUGACUGAUCUUCUCCUUGCCCUCCUCAGGUGUUGAGAUUAAUGGUAAAUCAAACGACUGGUGAGUUUCUGUAUGGAAAUCAUAGUGAUUUGUGACUUCAUCUGUUACAUCUUGUGUCGUUACAAACUUUUUCAUGUAUUCUUCGAAAAACAACUUGACACUAUUAUCUUCUUCACUAUCUUCAAACAUAGGUGAGUCUUCAACAUCAUCAAGAAGUGUAUCAUCCAUCGUAUUCCCACCAUCAUUGUCUGACUCACUUAUAUGAUCAUCCACAUUGAUCUCCUCGGAUUGGGCUUCUGUGUCGCUAGGAUGGGAUCUCUCGGACUCCUCAGAUAGGGCAUUAAACAGCUGAUCCAAGUGAUUUUCCAUGUUUUGCAUCCUUGUGUCCGCUUGCUGUUGACUUUGCAUUUGUUGUUGAAAUUGCAUUAAUUUCUUGAGUGUUUCUUCCAGGUCAGACAGCUUCUCUGAAAUUAUCUCUUUUGAUUCAUCUUGUGGCUCAUAGCUCGGCAAAGACGUAGGAGUGACUGAAACAUUUGUGUUCGUAAAUUGUGGGGAGGAAGAAGUUGGGUAUGCAGUUGCCCAGUAAGGAUGAUCAUUUGGAGGUUUGACGGGGCAAAAGGUUAUAUGGUGACAUCCUCCACAAAAGGAACAAAUGCUAUUCUUCGGUAGAAUAUGAUACACUUCCUCAAGAGUUUUAGUUUGGAGAAGAAAUUCAAGAAUGGAGCCUUGUUUUGUCCAAGGGAAUUGUGGUGAUGAUAGAUAAUGAUGAGAAUUUUGAGAUUGGAAGGGUUGUGUGGUUGGAGAGUAAGAAUAGGAAGAUGGAAUAUUUUGUGGUGCCAGAGAGUAAUAUUGUAGAGGAAUGUAAGUUGGGCAUGGCGUAUAUGAGGAAUAUCCCGUGGAGAUUUGAGGGAAUGGUGUUCCUCCAGGAGUUGAGCUUAAUGGGUUCAUCUCAUGCCUCUUAGAAAGAAAACCUGAAAGGUUAGCACAGAAAAAUCCUACGAGAAACUAAAAAAAAUCUAACUAAAGAAAAUCUCGCUGAAAUUAAUUAACCCUUAAAACCGACACCGUCCCCGGCAACGGCGCCAAAUAUUGAUGUGAGUUUUCUCGCACUUUAAAAGAUUGUAGAAUAGCGGUGAAAGUACGAGUAUCGUCUCCACAGGGACGGACAAAAGGGAAUCAAGGAUUAAUUAAAUUGAGCGAUUAAAAAAAGGAAUAAAAUAAAAUAAAUGCGUCGUGCGAGAUUGGUUGGUUGAAUUAAAAUUAAACUAAUGCGAAUGAACGAUUAAAAUAAAAGAUUGAGUUCUCUCUAAUUAACGACGAAGGGAACAGGGAUUGAUUCCGGGGUAAUCAGAUUUCUGGCAGAUCAGGCCUAAUUACAUGAAAUUAAUUUAAUUGAGCCUAGCUAAUCAAUACUAAGUUCUUACCGCUCUCGCGGCGUAGAGUACAAUAAUUUAGGGGACCAGGCUGAUCUCUCUUGCGACAGGAUCCUAAAUUAUUGCCAAGACGAACGAGCUUACGGCCCCUUAAUCGCUACUAAUCUCUUAGCAAACGAUUAAGUGUGUGUGAAUGUGUCCUAGAAUAAACUAGAUCUCUCUUAAUUUAUUCUAUGUGCAAUUGUAAUUCUAGCCGCGGUUCCAGGUUACAAAAAAUAUCAGUUAAAUUAUUCAAACACAAAUUAAACGGCAUUCAUGCAAUUAAAAUGAAAAGAAUCUAGCCAUCAAUCAUGAUUAACCCCUUCAUCAAUCCCAAAUCCCUAAUUAAACUACUCACAAUUCAUAAUUGAAGAAUCGACAGAAUUGGGAAGAAUAGAAUAAAUUUUCAUUAAUUAAAAAGAUGAACUUACAAAUAAUCCCAGGAUCUUGGAAGAAAAUAGCGUAAAAACGGUGUUAAAUUCGUCCCUAGGCCUCUCCGUAAUGUUCGUGACCACUAAAAAGGGUUAGGGAGGCCUUAUUUAUAGAAAAGAGGGGGAAAAUCACAAUUCUGGUCGAUGUGGGAGAUUUCCGCGCGUAACUCGGGGCUACGCACGAUCGUGCGUCCAUGGCUACACACGAUCGUGCGUAGCAGGCAGUAGCUCCUCCACGGUUUUGGCUCUUACGCACGAUCGUGCGUCCCAGACGCACGGUCGUGCGUCCGUGUUCUUCAGCCUUUUCUCUAGUCCGAAUUUGACAAAACUUCCUUCAUGAAAGUUUUAGAUAAUGAAGUCCUCUAUCCACCCCAACUUGCCGAAUGUGAUUUGAAUCAUCUAAUCAAGAGAUAUGAUCAAAACGGUGGAAGGUGUCAUUCUGAAAUCGUAGCAGAGAUCAUCUGACUUCGUCAUCUGUUUUCACCUUCUUUCUCUCCUAUUCUCAUAACGGUGUCUUCAUAUGAUUUAUAGCCCUUGAAGUUGUCUUUCAUAUACAACUUGAAUCAUGUCCAUUAGUUGUUUUUACAAAGAGAUAUUCUUGAAUGACUGACAGAAAGUCAUCCUGAUCGUCGUUUUCAAGCUUCAUUCAUCUUCUUUUGAUCCCGAAGUCAAUCCUAGAGCUCUUUUGUCAUCAAAUCUUCAUCGUAAACCUCCCGCUGACCUCCAUAGCUCUCAAAUCAAUAUCAAAUGCUUUUCAACUCAUCCCGAUUUCUCCUCAAGCGCCAGUGCCGAACUCUAAAAUCCUGAUUUUGACUCCAAAUGACACAAAACUCGAACCAACGCCCGGUAAACAUAACUUGAGCUAAAAUUGAGACUUGCAACACCUUAAAGCUAGGAAAACUAUCAAAAUGCAACCCCAACACGCAUCAAAUGCGUGUUGUAAUAUGUACUUAUCAUAUGUUCACACAUCCAUCACAACAUGCUCAUCCAAGUCAUACUCAACUUUUGAAUGUGACAUUAUUUUCUUAUAAAACUUGCAUUUUGGUCUAGUCAGUAUUUCUCGAUCAAAUAGAAAACGCACCCUUCCAUUUCAUCAACCCUAUUAUGAUUUCAUGGGAUACAUCUCCAUCUACUUCACCGUCCUUCUGAAUUUUGUAGCCCAGGUAACACAACAUAUCAAUACUCAGUAUCUCCUUACCAUUUAAGGUAAUCCCAUUAUUACUAUUGCCUCUACCUCUACUAAACGUGCAUGUCAUAUACUUAGUUUUGCUUUAACUUAGCCUGAAACCCUUGUUCUCUUGAGUUUGUUGUCAUACUUCCAAGUUUACUUUAAUACCGGAUCUUGUCUCAUCAAUCAAUACAAUAUCAUCGACAAACAUCAUACUCCAUGAUAUGUCUUAUUGAAUUGAAUUCGUGAGUUCAUCCAUGAGUAUUGCAAGUGUUAAAUGACCCAGAGCCGAUCCUUAGUGCACUCUGAUAGUAAUAGGAAACUUUGUAGUCCUCUCUACACUAGUACGGACAUUUGCAGUACGAUCCUCGUACAUAUCCAUGAUGAUGUUGUUAUAGUAACGUGAUAUGCAUUUUCUAGAUAAGGCAUACCAAAGGACUUCUCGAGCAUUCAAGCUACCCUACAAUACGCCUUUUCGAAGUCAAUGAACACCAAUGUUUUUAUACUUCUCCGCAAGUUGCAAAGUCAAUGGCCUCAGCCCUCAGUUGUUGAGCGCUUAGACGUAAGACAUAUAAGGAGGGUCUUGGAAUAAUAUAAGCCGUAAUUUCAGAAAGCAGAAAUUUGGGAGUUUUGGGCCUUGACAAAAUCCCAGAUUCUCUAUCCUGUCUUCCCCCGUGACCUUCUAUUAAAUAACACAUAACAGUGGUCUUGUGGGAGACACUAAAAUGGGCGCUGUGAUUUUCUUUGAAGUGCUUUUUCACACUUGAAAAGGAUUUUAGAACUACUCUAGCUCUAUUCUAAUAACAUUUUAUGAGAAAAAAAUAAGGAUUUGCUCUUUUGCAAACUAAUCAUAUUGCCAUCAUUCUCAGAGUGUAACAUUGGGGGAUGAAGAGGCAAGCCGUAGGGGUGUACAAAAGUCUGUACUGGAGAGGAAAGGGUCAUUGGUUUUCAGCUGUGGAGUCGAGAUAAUUUCCAAGACAGAGUUGCGAGUUCACCAUAACUUAGAAGCUACAGUAGACGCUAUUCUUUCAGGUUCAGUCAGUGUAACCCCCUCUAUUCCUACUGGGGCCGUGUUUGGUUGGGGGAUUCCAGCGGGAAAGAAGGAUGGAGAGAGGUGGUGUGUAUUAUUAGUUUAUUCUUUGUAUUUAGAUGAUUGAUAAGAAUGCAUAGGUGAAAUUAACGAUAAAGAAUUAGUGAAUUACAUGAUUUUACUAAACAAAUAUUCUUUUCGUCCCAAACUAAACUUCAUCCUUUUCUUUUUGGUCCUUUCCAUAACAAUAUUAUGAUACACGUCGUUUUGGUGUGUGUACCAGAGGCGCAUAAAAGGGGCCUAGUUAAUUAAUUGUCCACAAGCUUUCCUAAUUAUUUCCCUUUAGUUAUUCUAGUUGUUUCCUUUAAUUAUGCUUUCCUUAUCAUAGUUUUUUCCAUUUAUUUAGCCUUCCUUAUUUUGGGCACUCUCUUAUUAAUGAGUCUGUAAUAGUUUGGAUCUGUUUCCUAAUAUUAUUUAGGAAACUUAUUUCUGCCUAUAUAAGGCUUAUCAGUUUGAAUAAAAUAUUAAGUUUGGAUUAAUUAAUCUCUUGAUUUACCGGUGGAGCCAGGGAUCACCUUCAUUGCCCAGGGUAGGAAGUUAUUUUUUAUUCCAACAUCAUAGCUUCAGAUCCCGUCUUUCAUUAUCAACGGCCUUGGACGAGAUCCUGUACCAAGGCCCUUAACAAUUUGGUAUCAGCAUCCAGGACGAUGGGCAACAAAACUCUUAAUGCUGAAACCUUCAAAAGUUUCAUGGCAGACAUCAACUUGAGAUAAGGGACUCUCGAGGCAAAGAUUACCGAUAUGAUGAAUUCGUUUUCUCCGCAACUCACAACGUUGAGCAGCAGAUCCACAAGCUCAAACGAUGACACCAGCUGCCAGAGCAGUUCGAGCUCGCUCCAUGACAACUAGAAUCACGACCGUGGUGAUUCCAGUAUGGUCCCUCGCUAUUCCAAACUUGAAUUUCCAUCCUUUGAUGGUACAGGUGACCCUCUGAAUUGGUUGAAAUGCUGUAGCGGUUCUUUGCGCACCAGCAAAUAGCUCCAAUGGCACGUGUGGGCUUGGCUACCUUCCUCAUGGUGGGCGAUGCUCAACUUUGGGCUGACAAAAUCCAAUCAGGCAUCUCAUGGAAAACAUUUUCAGAGAAUUGUCUUCUCCAUUUUGGCCCUCCAUUAAGCUCUAAUCCUUCGGGAGAUCUUUUUCAACUCAAACAAACCAGCAUCGUUGACGAAUACAUUAGUUCGUUGCAACGACUUAUGGCACGAGUUGAAGGCCUACCCAGGCAAUUUGAGGUCAACGCAUUCAUGGCAGGACUUUGUAUUGACGUCCGUUUAGAACUUGAAUUUCAAGCCCCUGGUAGCUUGGACGUUGCAAUGAAUGUGGCUCGACAAAUUGAAUGGAAGCAACAAACUGUGACACAUCUUUCAGUCGCGUUCCACCGACCCCAACCACGACAGAACCCACCUCAUAUAGUGUCUCAGUGCGGUUCCGUAACUUCUGAAUCACGGCAGACUGUUGUCCGCACCCAACAGGCUCCUCCUUGGCCUCGACGGAUUUCUAGAGCCGAGGCAGCCAGCCGUCAAGCUAAAGGCCUUUGCUAUCAUUGUGAUGAACAAUAUGUUCGUGGAAACCGUUGCAAGCAACUCUUUGCAUCGGAGAUAUUAGAUGACGAGGAGGACAUGACUAUUCCCGUAGUAGCUAAACACGACAUGGCCUUAUCAUUGCAUGUUAUGAGCAGCUCAGGGUCUGCAACCACCGUGCAGAUUGCAGCAACUAUUCAAGGAACCCCAAUCACGAUCUUUGUAAACUCUGGCAGAACCCAUAACUUUAUUCAUGAGCGUGUUGUCAAGCAAUUUGAGUUUCCUACGCUUCAACCGUCUCACUUAUUUGUUCUCGUGGCCAAUGGCGAAUGAGUUCCGAUUGUGGGCAGAAUCCUUGAUCUGGAAUUGACAGUCCUCAACAUCAACUUCCGGGCUGACUGUUAUGUCUUAUCCUCAGCCGGCUUUGAUAUGAUUUUAGGGGUAGAAUGGCAUGUUUGGGAUCUAUUAUAUGGGACUUCGCCCAGCUCACAAUGAAUUUUUCCUGGUCCAACAAACGCGUUGAAUGGCGUGGCCAAAACCCUAGAUCUGAGCGGACCAACAUGGCCUUAUCACCGGGCACAGAUCGUGCUAUACUGGAAGCAAUUUUGGGCAACUUUACUGACCUCUUCCGCGAGCCCGUGGUUCUGCCCCCUUCUAGAUCAUGCGACCAUCGUAUUACAUUGAUUUCAGAUGUUGAACCUGUGGUAGUGCGGCCAUACUGAUAUCCUUACUUUCAGAAGGAUGACAUCGAACGACAGUGCACCUCAAUGCUGGAACAAGGAAUUAUUCAACGGGGUCGGUCCCCUUUCUCCUCUCCAGUUCUUUGGAUAAAAAAGCACGAUAAUACAUGGCGCUUCUGUGUGGAUUGUCGUGAACUCAAUGCUCGAACUAUCAAAGAUAAAUAUCCAAUUCCAGUGAUAGAUGAGAUGAGUUACUGGACGAACUGCAUGGGGCCCUCUUCUUCACUAAAUUAGACCUUCGUUCUGGGUAUUACCAGAUACACAUGGCUCUUGAGGAUGUGCCUAAAAUAGCAUUCCGUACACAACACGGCCACUUCGAAUUUCUGACUCAGGUAGAACAUGUACAUCACGUACGGUUGGUCUUCGAACUCUUACGCGCCCAUGGUUUAUUCUUGAAACAUUCCAAAUGCAGUUUUGGGGAAGUAAGAGUAGAUUAUCUGGGACAUGUUAUCCAUAAUGGCGGUGUUGAAGUCGAUCAAACCAAGGUCACGACUGUACGUAUUUGGCCUGUACCAGGAACCCUAACUGCUCUACGCGGUUUUCUUGGACUCGCAGGUUAUUAUCGCAAGUUCAUCUAGAACUAUGGCACCAUUACAACCCCUCUCACACAACUCUUGAAGAAGAACUCUGUUGGGUUAAUGGCCCAACCAGGGCUGACCCAUCAACUCCGGGGGACGCACGUAACCCAGCAUGACCAAGCUCAAGGGUUCAAGGGCCAGGGGACGUGCAUAGCCCAGCAUGACCAAGCUUCAGGAUCCAAGAGCCAGGGGACGUACGUAGCCCAGUAGGACCAAGCUUCAGUGUUCAACGGCCGGGGGACGUGCGUAGCCCAGUAGGACCAAGCUUCAGGGUCCAAAGGCCAGGGGACGUACGUAGUCCAGCAGAACCAAGCUUCCGGACUCAAGGGCCACGGGACGUGCGUAGCCCAGCAGGACCAAGCUUCAGGACUCAUGGGCCAGGGGGCGAGCGUCUUGUGGGUCACCUCCAAAGGGCCCAGGAUGCCGCCAGAGGGCUAAGUCUGCCUUGGGGACGAACGUCCCCACUUCAUGGUGGGAAGCCAAGAUCUUGGCAAGAAGCGCAUUAAAUGCAGGAGAUUUGGUGGUUGGGAUCAUGUCGCCCAUAGCCAGCCACGUCAGCCUCUCCAACCACAUGGGAUACUAUAAAUAGUCGCAUUUAUUUCAAUGGAAAGGGUUCGCACCUUGACUCUCUAGUAUUGUAAUAGCAUCAACAGCACGUAGCAUAGCUUAGUACGUUCGGCCCCUCGGCUUGUAAUCACUAGAGUGAAUGAAAUACAGUUAUUAGCCC